CAUGUGACAACAAAAUGGUUGACUUGCAGAGAACUUUGUGCUUUGAUGAGGAUAUUUUACCAUGCUUGUUAAAGGAAAGGGAAAUAUAUAGUGGGCAAAAGGCAGAACAGGAAAAUGGUAUUGUUAUGACAGGUUAUUUCUCACGCUGUAGCUUUCUAUUCAUCUGAUUCUUGUGUGUUUUCGGUCGAGGUAAACCAGAAACUCAAAAGGGUUUUCAACCCUUUAUGAGUUUCUGGUUAAACCUAAUUAUAAUUAUCUACAUCUACAUCUACAUAAAAUUUAAAAUCCUUCAAUGGGGGGUACCCACCACUACAAGACAUGUAUUUGAUAAAAUUCAAAAAAAUAAAUAAAUAAAUAAAUUGGAAAUUGAAAAAAACAAAAAAAACAAAAACAAAAAACAAAACAAAACAACUAUCAAUGUAGUAAAUGUCACUUGCUAGUUAAAAACUUCAAUUACUCUAAUCUAAUUUAAGUGCUUUCUGAAACAAUGGGUUUUUUCUAUAUUUACAACAUUGCUAGGCAAUGAAUUCCAUUCCUUUAUUGUCCUGCAAUAAAAAGAGUUUCUGCAGGCCUCAUGAUCUCUUGCAAAAAAAUUUCAUCAGCAAAAGGUUUCAAUACGCUAAAGCUUAUGUUAAUUGUUCCCUUUGUUUUUUGUUCUGGGCUUUAGAUGCAGCUACGGUGAAAAAGAGGCUUCAGGUUCACAUUGUUGGACAGGAGAGAGAUAAUGCAUUAAUUGUAUCUUGGAAUGAUACAAGUCCUGGUGGUUCUGUAAGUAUUGAAAUAAUUCUUUAGUCCAAAUGGUUAAGAUAGCAGCUAGUCUCCCUCGUAGCCGUUUUUUGAAGCAGAACUGCAGAAAUUUUUAAAAAUAGUGUGACUUUUAUAACCAUCACACUGAAGAUGAUGGAUGUACCGUCGAAACAUGUUUGUUGAAAUUAAAAAGUCGCACUAUUUUUAAAGAUUCUUCAGUCAUAUUCACACGCAGAUCCACACCGGUUUCCACGGUUUUACAAAAAUUGGUCCGAUAUUUUAUGAAUAAAUAUAUUUUAAUAAAAAUAAACCUUCCAAGUUGAAAUCUGGCCAAUAUCCUAUAGGCAUGAAUUACUCAGAAACCCAGGAAAGGGGGCAUCCUUGUUCCCAGGGUUCUCUCUUACCGUCCCUGCAAAGGGACAGAGAGAGAGACCCUGGAUGGGUCUGGUCACGUGGCUCCAGAACAACUCCUCCCUAACAAGAACCCAACAAGAACUCCUCCCUCAAAUUCUGAGGGAGGAGUUCUUUGACUCACAAUUUUGUGUCUCGUUCAUGCAAUGAUCCCAAGGGUUCGCAGGAGGAAGAUAGAUUUGCUAACCCUAUAACUAUAACUGAAACCAUGGGAAAUUUCUGCCUAAACAGAACUGCCACUAGAUAAACAAGUUUAUUAUUUUACUAGAGGAGAAGGCAAAAACUUGUGUUGUUGCAGUUUAAUUGACACCAAUCACUAAUAAAAAUCUACGAUCUUGAGUUCUACACUUUUUUAAGUGUAUUUAUUUUGAAGGGAAAAUCCCUCUAUGUUAAACUUGCAUUGAAAGUAUCAAUUUUGCCUGACAGCGGCUGCUGGUUAUUGGGCCAAAUCAGUAUACUGCACAACCUACACCAUUGAGGGUCUUCGGUCUUCGGGAGCAGGGACUUCAUAUUUGCUGAACCGUCAAAAUAUAUUUUAGAUCAAGUGACUUUCCAGAAAGCUAUAGUCUGAAAUAAAACGUCAGCUUUCUCCACCCCCUAACCUUUGUUAUGAUGGACAAUAGAAAAACUUAUCACUUUUAGUGGUAGAUAGAGAUAUAUAGUUCUUACAAACAAAUGUAAAGGAUGACCACAAUGCGACAGAUGACAACAGGAAAUCAUGCAGUAUAAACAGAGAAAAAACAGACAACAUAACCUUCCAAGCGAAAGGCUUUCUUGUAUAUGGUCCAUAUGAAAACUUUAUUUAAAAACAUAAUCAACCCAGUGAUUUCUUAAUUUUCUCUAAAGCUAAGCAUACCUAACCCUCCCUCCAGAAAACUAUUUUAAAAAAAGGAACGAUUAACGAUUGGCGGUUGUGCAUGCCAAUUUUAACAAAGAUGCUUAUGGCCAUUCAGUUGAUUUUAAACGACGACAAAAAAAAUUAAAAGACACAAAGCCAUCGAUAAAAAUAUACUCUUUCUAGAUUCUGUUUACCUCUUUUCAUUUGAGCAAUCAAACUGUGUCUGGGCGGCGUAUUCUCUCUUCCUGUUGCUUUGCCCUAUUUGAUUCAUUUUCAAUGUCUGUGAGGACGUGGCGACGCUUGAUACAUCUUUUUGGUGCCCUUUCGAACUAUUAUGAUCUUAGUCUUGAAAACAAAUACAUUAAUCAAUUUUGUUUUCUAACGUGGCCUCCACAUGUAACAUAGAAAUGGCAAUUCAAAUCCAGUGCGUUUUGAUCGGUAUGAAUACCACUGCAUAAAUAAUUUUUGAAUGCACACUAGGUGAAUCCGCGAUUUCCUCAGCAUGUGCCAAUAUUUGAAGAGGAAAGUAUCCCGAUAGAAUAACAUCCAGAUAUUCUGAAGUUCAUUAUGCUUUUGCUUUUAAAGGAUUUUGUGCAUUAUUUUCGGUAUUCAAAAUGUCUUGACUAGUCAUGACCUUUAAGACAAGGUCAGACACUGUUUGAUGGCUGCACUUUGCAUCUACGUUCUGCAGAGACAAAUCUCACACUUAUCCACCCCUCCCCCAAAUCGUUUGUUUGUAAUCUCCCAGAUGCUGGGGGACACGUGACCAGACCCAACCAGGCUCUCUUGGCAGGUAGGAGAGAGAACCUGGGAACGAGGUUGGAAAGGGGACUGUUGUCUACCAUAGUUUUUGGAAAGUUGUGACACAAAGGAGCCCGCUGUCCAGAGAAAAGGGGUCUGGAAGACUAGAUAAUAAAUGGUAGGAAUUUUAGAGGCUGGGGCAAAUGGGAGAGGCUUGCUAAGAAUUUGUUCAUGUGUGAUAAGUUAUAUCAGCCUUUGCUUCCAAAUCUGUGUUUUUGUGAGAAAAGGUGGGGGAGAGGGGGGGGGGGGGGGGGGGGGUUGGGGGGUGAGGUAGGAUGUGGUAUGUGUGUGGGUGGUUGGGGGGUGGGGGGGGGUAGUGUGUGUGUAUUUGUUGUUUUUGAGUGGUUGGUUGUUGUGGUGUGUGGGUUGGUUGGUGGGGGGGUUGUAGGGGAGGGUGGGGGGGGGAAGGGGGGAGGGUGUUAGGAUGGUUAUAGUGUACCCAAACAAUCCACAUACACUAUAAAUUGAUAGUGAGUGCCUAUGUUAUGCAUCCUUAUUACCUUCUCUUUGACCAGCGUUUCAUUAUUUAAGUUUAUGUUCUGGUUUAAUGUUAUCCCUGGUUUAAAUAUUAUUUUCCUCUGUUUCAAACUCAAGGCAAACAAAAGAAAAAUUCAAGGUUUAAAAAUUUUACCCAAGGGAUAAAAUUGAACCACAACUUUAUAUACAUCAUUAAAUUCUAAUUAUACCUGUUCCUUUGUUAUGUUGGUAAUUGAGAAAUUUGAACUUUGCAUAUAUGCCUGUGUUUUUUUUUCCAGGUAGUGAAUGUCUUCUAUUUUGCUAUUACAUUUUUCUCUAGGGAAGCUAUAAAGUGACAUUUUUUGGACUUUAUGAGCCUUUUCAGCACCAACUUAGGGUAUGCACGUGUAUUUAUUUUGAGCAUUCAGUGACUUUACAUUAAGAGUAAUAGAGUAAUUAUUUAGGAUUGAAAAUUAGAGCUACGGUAUGACAUCCUGCAUAUUGUGCAUGUCAUUUUUAUUUUUAAAAAAUUAAUUUGGAGAUUUAAUGGGACAGUUAUUUAAACAGAGUUUAGCCUGUGUUUAAGAAAACCAUGUUCUAAGCCAUUUUCAGUUUGCCCAAAGCUUUUAUCUUAACUCAAUUAAGCAUACAGUGUGGACUGGAAAAGCCCUAAUUUUCUUAAAUCAACCGACUAAGAAAGAGGUCUGGAGGUGAAAUGAUUUCUAAAACUGUGGCCUAAGUUAGAGUACUUCAUUUAAAUAAUCAAGCCAUUAAUUUUUUAAAGAAUUAGUAAGAACGGUUGAUGUUAUAACCCCAUUUCCUUUUGUUUUAGAUCCUCUUUAUUCAUGACAAAAAAGUGACAGUGGUAGGGGCAUCAGUGAACCAAGAGCGGACCCUCCUUGGUGAGAAUAGAUAUCAAAUUACAUAGAAAAUAAAGAUAACUAGUGACCAGCCCGUAUAUUAACUCUAUAAAAAUUCAUAAAGGCCUCUGUUAUUUAAAAAUGAAAAAAUUAAAAAAUCAAAAAAAUAAGAAAGAAAAAGCUCUCAAACACUAGGGAAUUUUUGGUGAGGUUUUUCUUUAGAAGUAGUUUGAAAAUUUUUACUGUGAGAAUCAAAAAACCAUGGACACCUGUCCUGGGAUAUUGUUGUGUUGAAGGGAUAAGGUCAAUCAGGUGUGAGAAAACUAUAUAUGGUAAGUACCAUUGUUAAUUAUUUUCUGAUUUUUUGGCUUGCUCUGUUGUGGCAAUCUUUGUUGUGAUUGGUCACAACACAUUAAAGUUGCUUGAAAUGAUAAUAAUUGUUAUAUUAUUUCAGACAACUUUAUCUUGUUAAAUUCUGAUUUUCACAGUAAACUAUUAUUUGAAUUCUCAAAAUUAAUAUAAAAAUUAAUCUCAGUGAAUUUGCACUCAAUUUUUAUAUCUUUAUAUUUUAUAUUAGCGUUCACUGUUACAGAGUGUUACUUUGGAUUGGUGGAUAACCCAUCCAGCCCGGUAAUUCCUGGUUAGUAUUAAUUGUUGUUAAUUUCAUGUAAUUAAUGUCCACAGGACAGCUGAACAGUAGAAAUACAGAAUUAUAUUCUAGUUGUAUGUAACUCAGAAAAUCAAGUAACUUAUGCAAAAUUUGUAGUUUUUGUCUAAGUUGUUUUUUUUCUUAGUAACCACUGUAGUAAAAAUAUCUUGUAAGUGUUUGAAAAAAAAUAAAUGCACCCCUUAAAUGCAGAACAAUAUGUACUCCUACUUCUGAUUUAUAUCCGUUUCCACUGUCAAUAAUUAUUUCUCAUCUAUUUACUGAUUAAUUUUGUUCUUUUUCAUGUCAUCUCUGCAGCAAUCUACAAGUCGUUUAUAGCAGAAAUUCGACCGCAGAAACGUAUCUACUCAUUGUCCAUUGAAAGACAUACCUUCCAAAGAGUCCAGGUGAUUGUAAUUAAGUAUAACUUUACCCCCUUGCCUACCAGAGCUAAAUACACCCAGCAACCAGCCAGACCUUUCUCAAUGACUGGAGUUCAUUUCUUCAGGCAACUUGAAUGACUGAACUUUUAAAAAUCACUUCAUUUACCUACAGGUGUUUAAGUUUUGGGGCUGUUAGCUAUGGCACAAAAUUUAAUUUGGUGUAUUGGUUUUUUUUUUUUGCUAGUUUCUCUAUGGGGAAUACCAUGGUUAUGGAAGUAACUCCAAGAAAGAGUCCCAUAUGCUUUUUUUACACCACAAUGUAGGUAUGUUGCACUAAAGUGUAUGUAAGUACAUAUACAAUGUAAGCUGGCUGUGUUUAUUUUUUUCUGGCCGUGCAAUGCAAUUCUAAAUUAACAAUCAUCCUCUAAUACAACCUAUAUGCCUAUUUCAAGAAUGUAUAGGGACUUGUGGGACUUGAUUUCAUUGGGCAGCUGAUUAUCUUAAGUAUUGUAGCACUCAGUGUAUUCUCCUUGCAAUGCAAAACAACAUAUAAGAGUCUGUAAGUUUUCCCUAGUUUUAUCGGUUAAAGGCAGGCAUGGAUCCACACCGGUUUCCACCAUUUUACAGAAAUAGGUCAGAUUUUUCAUAAUAGAUAUAAUUCUGAUGAGUAAAAAGCUUUCCAAGUUGCAAGGUUUCAUCUUAGGUGAAUGUACUGGCCAAUAUCCUAUCUGAAUGACUUAAAAACCCAAGAAAAGGGCACUUCAGGAAGUUAAUCUAAAGAAUUUCAGGGGGGAGCUUACAGCUGUACCCCCAGACCCCCACCCCCCCCCUCUUGCCUCCUCUCCUAGAAGCUUGCGCCUUUGACGCUCACUGUGUAGGAAAUCGGUCGGUAUUUAUCCUAGAUCCGGGCCUGAAAGGUUGAUUGUCUUUCUAUUUCAGCAAUUGGGUUGUAUCACAUUCCCAUGGCCAGAUCUGGAGAUAGGGGAAUGGUGAGGUUCUAAAGACCUUUAUUCUUAUUCAUGUCCAAACAAUGUACAUCUGAUCUUUAAGAAAUAAAUAGUAACUCAGUAUUUGAGACAACAAUCAUGCAGUGCAUGAGCUGCACGUGCAAGGCAGGAGAUUACAGUAUUGAGUUAACUAUCUGUGUUAGCUUGAUUCAACCUAUUUUUUUCACUGUUUUCUAUUAAGGUUGAUAAAUAAUGGUAAUAGGACUGAGUGGAGUCCAAUUCGGUCUGUAAUCAUACGAGUGAUUAACAAAAUCGGAUGUCGCGUAGCGGGAGUCCGUCCGAUUUGUUUAAUCACCGAAUAGGACGACAUGAAGUUCUGUUGCCAAUUAAUCAUAACUAUAACAAAAUUUGUGAUAUUUUACGCCUUUUCUAAUCAAAACACGAGCAAUUCUGAGAGUCUCUUAUGCUAGCAGUGAAAAAUGCCAUUUAAGCGUGCACAUGCGAUGGUGCGUACUGUCCAUCCAAUUAUAGGCAUGACGUGUACUGUACGUCCUAUUACACCAUCCUUUUUUUUUGUUUAUAAUUUUGUUUUUAUUAUUAUUUAUUUUGUUUUUAUUUUUUUUCUAUUACAUCAUCCUAUUUGUGCUGAAAUCAGGACAGUUGAUAGCCAAUCAGAUUUGAGAAUUUUGCUAUGUAUGAUUAAUCAAGAAAUUCUGAUACACUAUUUUGUUAUUUUUAGUUUAUAAAUGGUCAGCCAAGAGUUCAGCAAGUGACAGACAAAUUCUUUUGGGCUCAGUGGGACAGCCAAUAUCAACGCCUUUACUUAGUUUACCCAGAGUAUAAGGUAUAGUAUGACGAUUUCUUUUUCUGUUGGAAUCAAUCCUUCAGAAAAAAAACUUACCAUAAUUAUUCGAAAGUAGGUUGAGUUUGAUCGUCCGGGUGAACGUAGUCCUGAAUAGGACUGUUGUUGUUGACAGUGACUGACGUUUCGACAACCUGUGCGGUAGUCAUCUUCAGAGUCAAAGUGAGUUGUAUCACGUCAGUUGAUGGUAUAAUACUCUGGGUAUUGAUCUGAUUGGUCAAUUACGUCGCGAUGUUAUUGGUCGUCUGUCAGUUGAGCCGUGAUGUUAUUGGCUAUGAAGACUCGUAAUCAGUAAUUGGUGCGUUUCGAUCCGUCUAUUGUCAGAGUUAAACAGUCGUCUAUUGUUAGUCAAAUUGUCAGUUCUCCACUCUUUCUCUCGUAGUUAGUUUUGCUUGAUCUCGUCAAUAAGUCGUUUGUACGGCGCUGGUAACUGUUGGCUAAGAUUCAGCGGCGUUUGUUCUAAGUUAGUAAACCAGCUUUCUAAAGUAAGACGUUGAUAGUAGUCUGUAGAAUACCUUAUACAUGUCGCAGAGUUCCAGUCAAUUUGAUGUUUCGUCUGUAAAUGGUGCUCAGCAAUGUGAUUGUUCAAUCAAUCAAUCAAUCAAUCAAUCAAUCAAUAAACUUUAUUUACCCUCGAAUUUACAGUGUAGCACUCAAGUGCUAAUAUCUUCCAGCCAACUACAUUAAUAAAUUAUUAUAAUAAAAAGUUAAUUCUAUAUAACAUAUAAGAUAACUAACGACCUAGACAACUAACUUGCAAAUUAUCUUGAUGUAGAAAUGUUUUCAGUUCCUGCCGUUUUAAGUAAAUUAUUGUUCCCAGUAGAUAUCAGUCGUCGAAAAGAAUUAAAAUCAGAAAUUGUGGACAUCACCAUUCCUCGUUGCUCGUUUGUGUUCGAUCAGUCGCGUGCUUAGGUUUCUGCCGGUUUCACCAAUGUAAGAAGCCUGGCAGUCGCAGCAUUUGAUCUUGUAUAGUGCUCCCUGUCUGUCCUCCGGUUUGUCUUCGUCCUUGACAUUAGUAAGCAGUCGCCGUAAAGUGGUUAUCAGUUUGUGUGCAACACGUAUAUUGUAAGGUUGUAAUAUGCGUGCAAUAGUUUCCGAGGUGCCUCUGAUGUACGGUAUAGUCGCUGUCGUAACAGGGCUAGAGUUGGUCUGAGUGUUGGAAUCAGUGUUACUGUGAGUGUUCCGUCUAACAAAGUCCGUGUUGUAAUUGUUCUUACUAAAAACGUUGUUAAGAUAAUCAGUCUCGCCUUGUAGGCUGUCAGGUGAGUCGCAAACUAGUUGCGCUACGUCUCGUCAGAGUCCGGAUAGUAGUAGCCUUGUGAGAGGUCGGAGUGUACGAAGACUGGUCUAGUAAUCGGUCGGUAUGUGCCAUAAUUAUUCAGUUAAGCCGUGCUCUGGACACUUACUAAAUUUUUGGACUUUCAGAGUGGGUACUUUUUCGAGGUGGGCACUAAAUUACUUGAUUCUCACCAUUUUCUACAAGUAGAACGUUUAUUUUGCCACAAACUGGUAAGAUGUACCAGUGGAUAAUAUUAACUGAUACUUUUGUUUUGUUAGAACAAGUAUGGUUUAUAUGUUGAACUUGAUGGGGAAGAUGUCACACCUGACCUUAUCUUUACAUCAUAUCAGUUUAAUGAGAGAAGAUCUCAUUUCAGAGUGGUAAGCCUUAGAAUGACUGUUGUAGACUGCAAAACAGUCCGUAUUUUUGCGUAUUCAAGAACGCGCGAGCAGUCAAACAAAAGGUCUGGAAUGAGGCUGAAAACAGAGAGCGAGACUGGGGAGAGACGCUAAAACUACGGUUUUUUUUCUCUCGUCUCAUACGCCCUACGGGCGUGUGAGGCUCGCGCGCUUCGCGCGCGUAAGACUCUUACACCACGUGUUACCGAUUUCUUUACUGAUUUUGAGAAAAAAACCGACUGUUUUGCAGUCUAUGACUGUUGCAACUGUUAUAGCCUAUCUUAUUAUAGGAAAUUAACCCUCCAUGAAAUUAACGCGAAUUUCGAAAAUUCGCGUUAAUUUAUGUCCCGCAAAUUUUGAUUAACGUCAGUUUCCGCGACCUUAAUUUCCAUGAUCAGUGGCUGCAAAUUCUCAAUAUACUGGUGACAUUCUUCACACGUAAGAAAAAGAAGUAUUUUAUCAAGGUGGAAAUCCACCAAUAACAGUGAAGCUGUGAAGAACCCUCCAAGUGGCCAGAUUUCUUCGGUUGACCCCCUUCGGACGUUUAGGGAAAGUACCAUGAACAAAGGUUUCAUUUCGGAUUAUACGUUCAACUUUGUUCCUAUUGUCUCAACAAGUUUUGUUUCUUUUCGAACAUCGUGUUAAUUUCCUUUAUUUUGAAACGUUUCCCUCUCUCUCGCGUUGAUUUUCUGUAUUCAAAAGUCGUUUUCCACUGAAUUCACGGAAAUUUUUAAGUCGCGUUAAUAUCCAAUACCUUAAUUUCUUGGAGCGUUAAUUUCCUAUAACAAGACGCUGUCGGAGCGUCCACUUGGGUGUCGUUGUAUUACGCGUAUGUGAGGAUUUUCUGUACCAGGCACGUGUGAGUGCCGCAAUGUUGUUAAUUGCUAACGAAGACGUGAAGCCAUAGUGGAUGUUGCUUAGUAUGUAAAUGGGUCGAAUUUUUCCCCGGAAUUCCUAUCGUAAACUGGGUCAAUGAAUAGCAAACGCGCAAGACAACCAAGAAAUGUUAUGGACUGGUAGCAACCUCUCCAUUUUGAGUGGCAAGCAAACGCGCAAGUGAGCUCUCACUUUCUUUCCCCGCACAUUGCUCACGCGUCUCCCCCUCGAGCCACUCGCGCGCGACUUCUCUCGACAUCCCAUAAAUGGAGUGCUUGCUCGCGGGCUGUUAAGGUUUUCAUUGCUGUGAGAGAUGGUUCAUCAUCAUCAUAAUGGCUCAGUCAAUUCCAAGCGUACCCAUACCCCUAAAAGCAUUUGUCAAGUGCUGACAUCUCCUUUGGCUCUCGACAUCUGAGGAAGAGUGGACAAAAUUGUUCAAACUCUUGUCUUAGCCAAACCCGUCGAUUCCAAUCUUUUUUGCGAGAUUUAAUAUCUCCAAUUAUCGGAACAAAUCGCUCCGUUUCUAGGUAAGAAAAAACCUCCUUCCAAACUGAAAAGUAUCCCUGUUUUGUCUUGAAUUGUUGAAAAUGCCUCGCCAUGAUUUUGUAUAAUGUUGUAAUAAUGUUUUAUGUUGGGUAAAUAGGUAACUCAGCACAAAGACAACGUCUUUGAGCAACAUUUUGAAAUCUUAACUUCAUCAUAAAACAGUUCGAAAACAGCAAAAAUUUAUAAUUAAAGGGAGGUUUUGGAACACCACAUUAAACUAAAUAAUAACAUCAGUGAAAAGGAAACACGUAAAAUGUUUUGGCCUUUUCCUUUGAAAAAGCUGUCGUGUAAAUUGUAGACUUUCUCAAGGACUGAUGUCUGCUCCGGACAUGAUACAAACACCUUGAUAUUCAAACGAUCAUCUUUCUAACCAAAACCUUUCCCAAGCAUCUCGAAGUCUGGCAAGAUUCUUCAAAAACAAUAAUUAUUUUUCCAAAUUUGUUGAAAGCUGUGCCUGAAAAAAUGGGGAAAAAGAUAGAAAACUCAAGAUAUCCAAACACGUCAGGUCGAACUUCAUGGGAAAAAGAGACUGCAAUAUCCUGAGUUUUUGGCUACGUGGAGUUCAGCGGUUUAAGUUGCGUCAUGACUUGGAUUGGUUGCUCACUUCAUUUUUGGCCUUCGGAGCGGCGCGACGGUAAAUUCGUUCCACGUUGCAUGUACACGAUGAAAACAAACCAACAAACAAAGAAACACCUCCAAGCCUUUCCUCACCUCUUUCAGAAGACCAUAAAUGAUCGAUUUUGGACUUUUUUUCUACGAAGCAUGCGAACCAACGCUUGUAGCCAUUGUGACCAUCAUUUAAAUUAAUUAAACCAGAAGUCAAGAUAGUAGCAAACUAAGUAAUUUUCACCAAUUGCUCCUUUUAAACAAUUUUAUCUCAGCAAUCAUUUUCAAUUGAACCAAGCGAAUGUUUUUGUCCCUUUUCUUCCAUUUCCCGCACGAAAGUCACUAGAGCACAAUACUAUAGCUAAUUCAGUUUCACAUGACAAACCACAUUAGGUCACGGUCGUGCAAUCGGCUCAUCCGUCAGCUUAGUGUCUGAUUAGUGGCACGCUAGGGAAGGGGUUCUGAAGGCACAGACCCCCACCUUAUUUUUUAUGGCCAAACUAAGGCCCUCAGGGGCUGGAUUAUUGGGGCCCCCACUUACUUAACGAUCUGAAUCUGCUACUGUAGAGGGAAAAAGGCCGCAAGUCCCUCUAAACAUUUCACCAAGGUUUAAUCAAUAAUAGUUUGGGGAAAUGUUGAGAGAGACUUCAGGCCUUUUCCCUUUGACUCCCAUGGUAAGUUUAAUGUCUCCCUUCUUUGUGUGGUGGAGAGUACAAACUAGACUCUGUCAAACGGCUGUCAGUUGUGCAUAGUCUAGAUAGUGACAGAAUUAUUUUAAGAUCUAUAUGGAAAUGCUUAAUUCCUGUGGUAACUAAAUCUCUUGUACUUUCAGCUUAACUUCCCACUUCCUUUUCCUGAUGUGGAUCUUUUCUCUAAGACGAGGUAAAUGUUUGAAUACAUAAAGUGUACAUACAAUGCAUAAGCUAUGAGGAUGUUAGUGGAAAUCAGUUACAUUAUUUUAUCCUUUCAGUUGUUCUUUGCUUUGAGAUUUCUCUUAUGAACCUACUUAUUAAGCUGCUGCUUCUGCAAUGCUCCUUACACCAUUUCCAAUUUGCCACGUACUUGGCCUUUACUAGUGCCAGUCUAGAACAUGAUUUUAUUUCCUUAAUGCAAAUUCUCUAAAUUCUCUCAUAUGUUGUUAAGUGUUUACUGUUUAACACUCUGAAUUAUUUUGCAGUCAUCCAGAGUAUAUUGAUGUUGCUCUUGCUCAGACUGUCUCAGGUAAAUAGCAAUCGUUCAGUUGAUAUCUGUUCGGAACUGAAAUUUUAUUUUCUGUUAGACUGUUCGGACGUCUGGGAACUAGGCCCUAAGUUAGUCUUCCGGGGCUCGGAUCCCCCUUUGGUUUUUUUGACAUGUGUUUUUUCGCAUGCGUUGUGAAUUCUUGGAGUUUGUUCAUCAUGUUUAUGUUUCGUAAAUACUGCUGAUUUAUGCAAGAAAUCGUUUUAUUCAAUAUCCAUAGCAUUCAUGCUUUUUUUUAAGUGGGGUAGAGUUACCAUAUUUGUUUCAAAGAGAGUCACAGCGCUUAUCAAACUUUUUCAACUGGCCAGUGCAUUUUUUUGAGGUUGCCGUUAAGUCAAAGGCGGCGCUUAUUUUAAACUGUGUAAUUAUUUAAUGUGUUAAGGAAACAAUGAACAGUAUGUGUUUUACAGUCAAACCUCAUUGUACGAUCACCUCCCAUAAGCGACCACUUAUCCAAAACACCCCAAUUUUUUUAGUCAAAGCUUUUUUAGUUAGAACCUCUUGUAAACGACCACUUCUUGUAAGUGACCGCGACCACUUUUAAGGAUGACUUUUUUAAUCUUCUAAGCGACAACCUGAUACAAUAGUCUGAUCUUUGUGUUCGCUGUAUACUCUGCUGCUCAAAGUAUGAGAAGAACUUUUGGAAACAACGUGGAUUUAAAUAUAUUGUAACCUAAAAGUUACAUGCAAUACAUUCUCUCAAAAAAGUAGAUAUAUCAGGAAUUCUCCUUGUGAAAGACCUCCUGCAGCUCGACUCUCAUAAUCGACCACUAAACUCUUCGCAUUUUAGGUGGUUACUUGGUUAGGGUCUUGAUUGCAGUGAUGAGGGUUGGCAUCAAGCCUUCUUCACGUACUUAAGGGAAGAUGAAGGAAAAAACAUAGAAGAUUCUGGUAGUUGUAGUAAAGUGACAUCAUGGUCAAAAUAGCCUAGUAGUUUCUUUGCAAAAAUUCACUGUGUUGAAAUAACAAUUUUCCCAUGUUUUAUUACGUAUACUCUAACACGGCUUUUUUUUUAUGCAGAGAAACAUCUUAAUAUGCAAGUGGUUUCUUUACCUAGCAAAGGUAAUGUAAAUCAGUUGUUCAAGUGUUUGUAAGUUCUUGCCGGUGUGUUUGUCAAUUAAUGGAAGUUAUAACGUAUAACAGUCCCUAUUUGAAAGUACAACAUACCUUUCCCUAAUUUAAGAGGCACAUAGUACGACUGUUCUGCCGCCGCCUUUCAGUUUGUGAAUCUUGCUUUGUUCGUCUUCUUCUGAUAGUCUUUUUAAAGUAAUCCUUGACCUUAUUAUGUGUUCGUUGUGUUAUAUGGAAUGGUAAUGUUUGGUAUCUUUGUUUUUAAUUACAGGUUCUUUUUAUAUUUGCCUUCAACACCCAGUAUCUGGAGAAACAACUGAAUCACAGGUUAAGAGUUCUUUUGGUUUAUCCGCCCUAAAAGGACUUCUCCUGUUUAAAAGGGCUAUCUCAGGGGUUUCAAUAUUGCUAUUUUAGGUCAUUUCUUUGCUGAAGUCAUUAUCAAUUUAGUGCCUUUACCCAUACACAAAAUGCUCCUGCAUGUACAUGUAACGUUAUAAAAAAGAUACAUUUGUAUAUACCAAGACAAAUUUCAUCAGGGGGCAAUAACCAUAAUAAUCUUUUUGGUGAUUUCUGGAGACAAUUAGGAAUUCGAUUGAUGCAAAGCGUCGUUUUAGCUUCUUAAAAAGAUCAUUAACAGAUAGCGCGACAUAACCCAUUAACGUAAGUUUAGAAGAGUGAGGGGUGCAUAUUAUAAUUACAGAGCUCUUCGGGACCAUCAGCAGAAGGGCAUCCCAGUCAGUUGGAGUAUUCUGUCUAUGUUCUGCAUCAUGGUGAGUCAGUCAAGCUUACUUACUGAAAUACCUUUGGCGCCUCAAUCUUUAUUUUUGUUGUGCUGUACUUUCAUACGCCCCUCCUCAGCCCCCCCCUCCACCAUUAUAAAUGAACUGUCCCCAUGAGUACUAUCAGCCAACCCUUUCCUUACCCACGUUAUUUUAAAGGCUUCCGCUUGUGGCAUAAAAAAAUGAGAGAGAACGAGAGCGAAACGAGAAUUUACAUGUGGUUUAGUUAAACUAAGUUGAAAAAACUAAAUUUCUGUAAAGUUGCUAAAUAGUCUACAUAAAUAAUUAUUAACCUUGAUAAAAUUUUUUUUUUUUCCAAAUGUUUACCUUUUUAACUUUGGGUAUAUUUGAAUUUCCCACUGAAGGUUGCUUGAUGCACUGCGUGUUGCCUACUGUGACCCUGUCAACCACUGAUCUACAAAAUUAUCGCCUGUUCUUCUCUUCUCUCAGUAAGUUUUCUAACUACUAUAAAGUUCAUUACAAAGCUCGAAAUUUGCGUUUAAGGCCUGUUGCCUAUGUUAUGAAAUAGAUAUAUCUGACUGAAUAAAUCGCGAUGUCCAUUUUGGUGGAGUUAGAAAGGUAACCUGCGUAGCUGGCGGUUUUAUUCGGGCGCGCGUGCAAACAAGGUUAGUGAGUAGCAAAGCGGCGAAGAGCGCGUGAACGAGCACCCCAAUCUCCUCGCAGCUUCGCUGCUGUCGCCCGCGCUAACUUAACUUGUUUGCCCAACCAGACAAAACCACCAGCUUCGCAAGCUAUCAAAAAGGCAAAUAGUUGGCUUCAUACACUUUCUAUCAAAAAAACAUAGGCCAGACACUAGCAGGCACAUGGCCUGGUACUUCUGAGCACUGAACGAUGCUUCUUUGGAAGACAUUGCAGGAUUAUUCAGUAAAUUAACUCUUCAUCAUUUUAUUCAUUAGUAACGCGUGUAGAAAAAUAUCCGAGAACCCUUUAAUGAACUGAUGGGAAUAGUCCUUUUUACCUUCAGCUACUUUAGAGCGGCAUUAUUAAUGACUGAAUUUUAACUCAUUAGAUGAUUAUUUAAUGGUGUUUCUUCCUGGUCGCUUCAUGCACUUGUUGAACUGUAGUCCAGAACGAGAACCUUGCCAUCACAUCAUCUUGCAAGGUAAAUCCAACUCUCGGUACUGUUAAUCCUAAAAGGUGAGACAGGGUGCUUCAAAAAUUUCUGUCGUGAAAAGUAUGACUUCCGUAUAUCGUUAUUGUGGCUGGCUUUUGUGCCAAUUGUCAUCCCACUAUGCCACAGUCAAAAGAUCAAAGUGGAACUAAAGGUCUUAAGACUUCAGUCCCAAGCACUGAAAAAAAGUACAUUUUAACAACCUUGAAGCUCAGCUCCUGUUCAUGAACCAAGUUAUAUUGGAAACAUGUAGUGGUAGUUGUCUACCAAAAAGCAUGCUUAGGAUGUCUAGGAUCGGCGCAAGGUAUCUUGAGGGUGGGGGUUUCUUGAGGGUGUAAGUAUGUGUGCUCUUUACGUUGCAUUGGGCUACCCUGUAUGGUUGUUAUCGUAGGCAACGCUAUUGGUUAUCUUUUUUUUCUCUGAUGUGUGGCUCCGCGAAGAAAUGUCGGAAAAAAAUAAAGGAAUUCAUUUAAGCUCGGUUAUUAAAUUAGUCGUGUGCUUCCAUUCAGGUGAUGCUGUCCCAAAGCUUUCUUCCACGGACGUUUCGUCAGAUGAGCCGCGGUUGCUAUUGUAUCUAAAUAAAGAAAUUUCUACUUCUUUACAAACAGGUGAAAAAGAGUGGUUUAAAUUUAUUUCUUCUAAACAAGACUAAAAUACUUCAUGUAUCAUAUCUUUGUUUCUCACUUUUUCGUUUUUGAUUUUUUUCUGUUCUUUCUUUGAAUGUAAGGUUUUUUCCUGUUUUUGGCCAGCCGCCCUCUUUAUCAUAAUUUUUCUAAACGUAUUUACUUACUUUAUAAGGUAAAGUUCUGUCUCUUCUUUCCUUAGGGCCUUACAUUUUUGACAGCAUGUCUGGCAAUGCAUACAAGUACAAUUUUGAUAAGGCAGCUCUUGCAGACCUUUUUGCUAGGUAUGUCGCUCAUCAACGCAGCUGUAUAAGCGUGUUCCAUGCUAUGAAUAUGACUGAGAACCCGAGACCGGGCUGGUUUAUCAGAUAGCCCACCUUUUCACAAAAACACUGAGAAUGUUUUUAAAUGUAAAUAGUGAUAAGGCGAGAUUUCCGACCGGUUGACUAAGCUUUUAUAAGGAGACUUUUACCUUUUUGAACAAAAAGAUUUAAUCUUUUGGAUAGCAUUUUUCCACGCCUUUUUUGUGAGCUAAGCCCCUUAAAUAUAAGAGCAGAAGUGGUGGUGAGGUUUGAUUAUUACAGAAGAUGCCAUUUACUUUUCAUGUUUAAGGUGAUGUUAUACGGGACAAUUCGCAACGAUAACUUUAAGCGCAACAAGGCGUUGCAAUGUUGAAACAAUGCUGCAACCAUUCGAAACAAUAUCGCAACAAUGUUGCAACGCUGUAUUGCGCUAAAAAUCGUCGUUGCGAAUUGUCCCGUGUAACAUCACCUUUCGACGUUCUCACAGUGUUAUUAGAGAGGUUAAGCAUCACGUUUACUGAUCAUUAUUUCUACACGUAAAUUAGUAGUUUACAGCAAUUUUAUAUCCAUAAGAAUUGUUUUGAGCUGUUUUUAUCUGCUCAUUUUCUAUUUUGAGAAAUUCUCAACUUGAAUCUAACGUUUGCCGUUUGCCGUAUAUGUGACGCUUAAACUCUCUAUUACGGAGCUACGUCAACCGGCAUUGGACUUUUGCAUUCUUAGCUUUGCUUCUGCCCAAAUUUUCGGACAAAUCGUCCUUAUAAGAGUGAAGACACUUGGCAGUACAAAUUUGCUAGCGUUAAGGAACCCCCCCCCCCCCCCCCCCCCCGGGCGACCCCCCUUUUUUAAAAGGGGGGGGGGGGGGUUUUUUUUUUUUUUUUUUUUUUUUUUUUUUUUUGGAGGACCCCAUAAUCAAAACGAACCUUUUGCCCUUCUUCCUUCUGUUUUUUUUUCUUUUAAGGGUUUUUCUUUUAAAAAAAAAGUGGGUUGUCAGACAAAAAACCAACCUAUACUCUCUUUUUGUUGGUGACGCCUACUCCCAUUGUUCUUUUUGUUGUUUUCUUUUUUUUUCCCCCCCUUUUUGUGCAAACUCGUCCUUAUAAAAAUAGGGCCACUUGUGGGUAAUAAUUUUCAGGGCGAUAGGACCCCCCCCCCCCCCCCCUUGCGUAAGCUCCCUAUUUAUAAAAGGGUGGUGGAGUGAUCUUAAUUGAUUAUUUUUUCAUUAUUUUGUCUGGACAGGACCCAUAUGCCAAGUACACGUUUGGCCAUACUUCAUCUGGCUGUUAUUCACUUAAGAGAUUCUAACUUAAUAAAACAGGUGAGGUUUCCAGCAAGAAACCCUAUUCACGGGUAACCGCAAAGACAGUCCAUGGGCAAACCAAAAAAGAACCUGUUCCCAGGAACCUAACACAAUCCUUUGAAUACUGUUAUUCUCAAUUCAUGCUUAGAUGUGACCAGGUCAAACAUUCUCUGUACAAUCUUCCUUAAUGCUGGGGAGCCUAAGCAACGACGACUACAACGAUAGUGAAAGCGUUGCUAAAAAAAUUCUUUAUCGCGCCUAUUUGUACCCGCUCAAUUUGUCAAAUGUAGGCGAUUUCUCCUGAAGUUGAAUUCUUAGGGGCUUUUAUCUAGCUUCAAAAAGAGAAAGUAUGUUCACUUCCUCCAUAAAACGUCGAAUUCGGAGGUUUCAUGUCGUAGUCGUGUAGUGGACGUCAAAGAAAUGUACUGAAAAAGCGUGCUCGUGGAGAGCUGUUGUUUGCUCAUGAAACCGUCGUCGUCAUUGCUUAAGUUCCCUAAAGCUACGUGCAAACGGACGCAACAACUUCCAACAUUGUUGGGCCAACAAUGAUGGGAGUUGUUGCGUCUGUGUUGGCAGUGGUGUGCAAACAGAUGCAACACCUCCCAACAGUGUUGGGACCUGCAGUGAAUCGUGGGAAGGAUACAGCCCAUAAGACUUAGAAGACCAUUUGUAAUGCGCGUGCGUGGCCCCAACAAUGUUGGGUGUGUUGACGGAUCCAUUGUUGCGCUAUCCUUUGGCGAUCACGGAACAAAAGAAAUGCUGGGGGUUGGCUCAAAAGUUUGACAACAACUUCUAACAACACGCAGCGACAUGCAAAUGGACACAACAUGGAACAUCCAACAAUGUUGCGUCCGUUUGUACUGGGCUUGAUAAUGCUGCAAAACAGCCGCAUUAUUGCGUUGGUAAUGAUUGGCAACAGCAGUAAAGAAAAAGUUUAAGAACUGAAUAAUUUACACUUGCUUUAAAAGCAGCGAUGUUAGUUUGAGAGGAAGGGACCAAAUAUUUUGAGGUUUGUUUCUUCAUUUAGUGAAAAUGCAGUUUCUGUAAUUUUGUAACUUCCUCAGAUUUUUGAGCACCUAAGCCACGACCCUGCAAGUCCAGAGUGUUUAGACUUUCUGCGAGAAUAUCUUGUGGGUAAGUAGUCACUUUUUGUUUAAUUUCAAUUUAAGACGGAUACCUGACACUUAUGCCCAAGAUUGAACGCAGGUCUUUUUUUAAUACAAUUAUUUCAUGCAUGAAUAUGACUGGGUUAUUUCUUUCUUUUUUAACAUGUUUAUCUUGAGGACACUGUUUGAUCGUUUUUUACAGCUACCUCUUGUAUUCAGUGUCCUCAAGGGAGAAUACCGACUUAAUACAGGUUUAAAUGCAUUACUAUUCGACAGGUUCAACGUAUGGAACUUUUAGAAGAGAACUGGAAAGAGAAGUAAUCACCUUAAUUCCGUUCACUUGUGUUGACACCUACAGAGGCCAUUUGGAAAAGGUGAAAUUUAUACUCCACAAAAAUACUAGCUGCAUGUUCUGAGGCCAUGUACAUGCAGGUUCUUUACCAUUUACAAAAACUUUCCGGAAAAUCCGGGUGGAAAGUAAAUGGAAUACGACUUUUUUGGGUUGUUAAGGGGGCAACGGAACAUCUUAAAAGGUAGUCCUUUUUUCCGGACGGAAUGUUCCAAACGGAAAUUGGAGUUCCAUUUCUUCAAAGCCGUCUUUGAUACCAGUUCCAGGCUUUCGCGGCCGUUUUUUGGCAGAUAGAACUGAUUUGAGCAAAUGGUAAACGCGAUUCCGGGAAGAAAUUUAUCACGCCUGAACUUCGUUUACCAUUUACGCUAACAGUGAACCGACCGGUAAACAACCGCAGCUUUUUUUUUAUUUUUUAUUUUAAUUUGAGGCGUUAUGUAAUGCAUAAGCUGUGCGAAAGGUGCGUCACGAUCACGUUUUUGAUGCUUAAAAGAAAUUGUUCAAUUCUAAUUGGCUAAAAAGGAGUGUCGUCUAUAGACUGCAAAUUUCACGAGCCUAAAUUUUGUUGGUCUUCGAAAAGUUUACUCGUGUUUAUUUAUUCCAUAUUGCGCUCGAGAUCUUAUGAUUUCCUCUACAAAUUCAAUAUAGAGCAAGCCCUGCCACUUGAUUGUUCUUUAUUUCACUUUUUUGCAGGAUAUCAACAGAAAAAGAAUUGCCCAAAUUUCCUGCUCGUUUGUAAAAGAUAACAACAUUGAAUUUCAGGGUGUAAAGGUUCGUAAACGCUUCUCAGUCUCUUAAUAGAAACCAAUCGACCCUCUGUAACAAGACUUUGAUCCCGCGUUUGUCUCUGACUUUAUUGUUUUGUUCCUCUCUCAGGGAAAAAUGAAACAAGGUGAUUUUUGGACAGCUCUACUUCAAAAUACAAAGCGACUGCCUCCACGGUCAGUACCACAUCAGUUACGAGCGUAUGGUACACAGUUCCCUAGUCAGUAGAACCUGUUAUUUGUGGGGUCUUGUAAGAGCUGCCUAUAUAGGCGAAUCUUUGUUUACAUUUUUUGCCUCAUUAGCACAUGCCUUGUAUUCUCUGAUCAAGCUCUUAAAAAAAACUCUCUGAAUAUCGUCAGAGCAUACAACUUCAGUUAUCUGUGUAAAUUUGAACCAGAUAUACCGAAUAUUUUAGAAGAAAUUAUCAUUGGAAAACUCCGAACUUAGCAAAGAAUGUAUGGGCUUAUUAGGGAGUUUGAGCGGCAACGUUUUGAGUGACGCACGUCAACCGAAGUGAGCGUUUUUCUUUUAAAUAUAUCUUGACGCUACUACUCUUAUAGAGACGAUUUGCCCAAGAAUUUGCUCAAAAUCACAGCUCAAGAGUGCAAAAAUUUCACUUCCGGUUGACGUGCGUUGCUCAAAAACGUCGUUGCUUAAACUCCGUUUUAAAAGGCUGAUAUGGCAACAGAACCGGAACGUCAUUUGAUGACGAGCAAGCGCGUGGAAAGGACUUAACUCGACUUCCUGUGCCAAAUUUGCCGCUUUGCCAUUGGUCUAGCCAGUUGUUUGAUUUGCGCGCGCAGUCGCGUCAACUGAAGUUCCCGUUCUGUUGCUAAAUCAGCCUAAUAAACGCUUUUGCUACCCAGCGAUUUUGCAGUUUUUGAUAGCUGCUAUUUACCUUUUAUUAGGUACAAAGAGCUGAAAAGUGCAAAAAUUGUUCAAAUUAACCAACUCUUUAAACUUUUGAAUUUAAGUUGAGCAAACGGUGACGCCUUCUAUGGGUUAACUCGUAUGCUAACGAGCAAAAAUGUGAAGAAUGUCGUCAGCAAAGUGUCGCCUAUAUCUCCCCGUUAUGAGCAGUAACGACGAGAAAGAUUUGUGGCGCACUCGACUGGCCGUAAUACAAAUAAAUGAAAUUAAAAGGAUUGAUUUUUAAAAUCAAGUGUUUGUGACAUGUGACCUCUACUAGCCUGAGUAUCAGGCCUUCCUUCCAUCUUUCCCCUUUUCCCCAGAAACGCCUGAUACUCAGGCUAGACCUCUACAAACUUAGCAGACAUAGAUGUUGGUUGACGUUUUGGGUGUGGUAAUUUGUGCUAAUGAAUUUAAAACAACGGAAAAACAAAAAUUAACUGAAGUAAAAAAAUAAAUUGCAACAUAUACAACUGUCCACUUAGUGUUUGGGUGAUCACUUCCCCACCACCCACUCAGUUGUUCGACCAAGUUAAGUGGUCGCCAUCAUUAAAAGCCGAAGGGGAUUGGAAAAAAACUUGAACAGAACGGCUUGUUUUUAAAGAAGGUUCUAAAUUGUUCCAGAGCUUAAUAGCUCGAUAGUAAAGGGUUCUUUUUUCGGAGGCUGAUGUGAAAAGAGCGAUGUUUAGUUUUUGGCUACUUCGAGUUGUUCUUUUGCUAACUUGCUCACGAGGUAAGAAUUGGGAAGUAAGAUAUUCAGGGGCGUGACCGGUCAUGCAUCUGAAGGCCAUGAUAGCUUGGCGAUUGUACAGUUGGUCCUUAACAGGCAACCGGUGUAGUCACUCUAACCUCUGUGCUAGGCCAUAUGAAUUAUGUUCUUUUAUGAGAAAAAAUGCUGGAUAUUGAUCAAUAUUUACGUUUAGAUGGUCAACCCGGUUUUAACACACCGGUUUCUGCCUUAUGCUACAUAGAAUCCUUUAGAUAAAGGCCUUGUUUGCUUUGUAUGAUUGUAAAUUUCUUAGAAGAAUUUUCUUUAUUUUUCUGUUGAUCGCGGAUUAAGGUUCCAGUUAAAAGUCCCGGAUGCUGAUUUGUUUGAACAGGAGUCUGAUAGUGACGAGGAGGUGGGAAGAAGUUAGUCUUAUGAUGCAUGUUUUUGUCUUGUCACUACUGUUUUAGGUAAAUUCUGUGCAGAAGAAGAAGAUGUCAAACAAAUUUCAUCAAGGAGCAUUAAUCAUAAUUUUUUUUAGCGGUUUUUGCAGGCAUGGCAUUAAAACUUAAAAAAGCUGGCUUAACUUUGUCAAGUUUCCAUCCAAGUUUGAAACUGUUUCUAAACUUUACUGGGAACCAACUUCGGAAUUUGCUAAAUUAUUCUAGCUGCAACAUUAAUUCCCGUCUAAACCAUUUAACGGCAGUUUGCGUUGUGAAAAUGCAUGCGGAUAAUAUGUUUAUGUUAAUGACGUUAUGAUUUUUAUUGCAGACCGAGGAUGCACCACAGGAGACCAGUCUCGUGCAGUCGCUCUACAGAAGACUUUCUGUUUCCAAGUAAUGGCAUGUUUAUUAAUUCCCUUAUGCAUAGUAAACAGCGCGAAUUCCUGUCUUCAAAGUACUUCGUGGUUUGCUAUUCUCGACAAAAAUAUUCUCUCAUGUUGGAAUCCGCCACUAUGAAAAUCAGAAGGAAACUGGUACGAGUAAACUUUCGCAAAGACUUGUGGGACUGCUACAAGGUACAAGACUAAUAGCUGAUUGGCGCGUCCGCAUUAACGAUCCCAGAAACAAUUGCGGGGCAUAUUUCAGCUCCAGUUUCCUCCUCGGUUUUAAAGAUGGCGAAUAGACCUUAUUCAAGACACCCGCCAUCUUUGCACGCGCUUAAGGACUGAUGGGAGAGCAAUGAUGUCACGUGGUUUCUCAGGGGGCAAACAAAAAAUGAAAUUUGCCAAUGCAAGAAACCGUUUCGGCUCCAGACCCCUUCACGUUUUUAAAGUGGUGAAUUAACAGGGUCUUUCGUUCCAUAGGCGGCUUUCUCGUGCGGGAAGUAGUGAGUCUCUUUCCUCUCAUGGAAGCAACAGUAAGUUUUAAUGACGUUUUUGACUCUUUUGCGCAUUUUGGUAGCUUACUACCAGUUUUAUUGAAAGUGAGGAAAUUAUAUCAACAACUAACGUUGGGCGGAACGAGAACCUGUACUGAUGUUUGUUAUCUUCCUUAUAACCAGGAAAUAGAGAUUCCUUCGAUACCACAGAACAACGCAGAUCAGUUUUUGAGAUCAAAAAACAAAAUUUGGUGAGUAUACUACACAUCUUGUACGUAUGUAAUAUGCAGAGAGUACGAGCAUGUUGACUGGCCCUCUUUACAAUCCUACGAAUACAGCCGACUCUCAUCGCUAGGGACGCUUCAAAGCGUGCCUGGCGCCAAGGAGCGCUGAGAGGAGGCUGUAUUCCAGGGUUAUUCCUGUACAGCAUACUAUUCAAUCUAUCUUCAACACCUUGAUGGUAGCCCCCAGGCUUGUUGUUCACAAGCAAAUUAACGCUUACACGGGAAAAGGGUGGGCUUUUAAUGUAUUUAAGGGCUUUUAUUAUCACAGGGUGACGUUGGAAAUAGUUCAGCAGCAGUCUCUGGGUUGGCAAUUAUUCCAAUCUAACUUCCAGUCUUUUACGAGGAGCAGGGUAGCAAUUAAUUUUGAUGAAUUUCAGGGUUUUGCUAUACCUUUUUCUUGUCUAUAUUUUGCAGACUAUAGAUUGUCUGGCAUCUCAUUUACAAAACCAUUUACCAAGGGAAGCUAAAGUUAAAAUACAAAAUAUCGCUAUUGAAUAUGUCAAGUGCCAGGUGUGUAUUCUUAUUGACACAAGCUAUCCACCUUUAAGCUUCUACUUUAAUCGAAUUUGACUCACCAAUGGAGCAUUUCAGUGUCGGAGAACCCAGGGUUUCAAUAUUCGCCAAUUUCAAGUAAGUCCGGGUCAAGUCACAAAGUUGAUUGAUUGUGAAUCCAUACCAGCGGAUGUAAAAUCACGAUAGCUGAUUGGUAGUUCUCCUAGCUUGACGACUUUGAGCUGGACAGUGUCAAAAAUAUAAUUUCCUAAACAUGUUAAAGCUAUGGAUUCAAUUCAAUUAUCGUUAUGUAAUUACUUUUACCCAUCUACGACAGAAUAAGACAACAAUAUGAUGUAAACACAGAAACUUUGUAGUAAAUAUAAAUUUUUGUAAAAAUACUUACAUAACGACUAGACAAGAAGCUCAGGGACAAAUAAUUUGGCAAUCAACGUUUUAUUUUCGGUCAUUGUUGUUGCUUUUCGUUUGGUUCCGCCAAAAGUGCAUGAUGUUGGCUUGCUAAUGUUUUCAUUUUUUUACUACGUAAUUUAUUAAUCGCACCGUUUUCAAUCUCUACAAACUACAUUCAAUUUUUCUUAUUUCUACAGGCACGCCAAUCGGAGCAGUUGCUUCGUUUGUUUAAUCAAGCUUUGGAGUUCACUGAUAACCCGUUCACUUUGCCUCUGUAAGAUUUGCAUUGUAUUUAUUUUUCAAUCAACGUGGUUUUGUAAAAUACAACAACCGCAAAACGGUCUAGCAUUAAAAAAGAAAAACUCUGGAGUGCAAGUUCUUAACAACAGAGAUCUUACGAUAGAGUUUUUCGGUAGUUCCGGCUAACCGCUAACUACAAAAAGUCACAUGACUAGUACCUUGCAGUCAGGUUUGAGGUUUGGGGUUUACAGUGUAUACGGCGAGACCACGCUCCAGAGGUAAGUGAUUUAUCGCAAGGUUUUUUGCACCCUAAAACAUCACAAUCCCACGUUUGAGAGGUUACUAAUUAUCGAAUUCUUUUUCAUCUGAACGUAAUCUUGAAGACGAUUUCUCAGCUAAACAUGGCAGCCGCCAGCAACCACCCGCGAAUCUUAUGUCCCAAAUAUGAGCAGACGGCUAACGUAAAACCGCGGUCUAUCGCUUACGUUAAGAUAGCCAAACCUCGUGCGUAAGGUCUCAAAUAACAUGAAAAAGCCGGAAACCGUUAGACAGGUUAAAAAUGGAAUACCGGUUAAGCUUUGAUUCCCUCACAAGGUAAAAGAUCUCCGUUGCCAUGGUGACAUAAGAAUUCGCGCCUUUCCCAGUAAAAAAUGUUGAAGUGAAGUUACUUGGUAUUUCAUCGGUGUUUUUUAAAAUGAACAGAACUUUGCAAAGCAGCUUGGAGAUACAAAAUGUCUUCUUCUCGUGUUGAAAAAUAUUUCAGCAAUUUGUAUUUUUCAACACUCGAACAGAAACUUUGUAUCUCCGCGCGACCAUGUGAUAUCCUCUGUUUAUCUCAUGCUCUAUUGAGUGGUUUAAAUUCUCCUGGAUAGCUAGUACCCUUGGGUAGUUUGUACGUCUUCUACCUUGUAAGCAUCCUCGUUUUUUUUCUUUUUUCAGCAGACCCUUAAGGACUUUGUUUGUUUGUUUGUUUGUUUGCCUUGUUGUUUUUAAUGCAGUCGGUCUUAUUGCAGAUCUAUGCGUGGGACAAUGCGUGAAGUGGUUUAUUUUCAGUUGGUAGAGAGAUAUUGCACAGCGGUCUCUGAGCUCAAUUUUCCUUUUAGUACUGGUAUGUUUCUGAAAAUAAUAAUAAUAAAAAAUCAGUCAUGCAGGUAUUCAAUCUUAUUUUUACUGUUAUUUUCAUCGCGAAUUGUCAGAGAAUGAAUGUGCUUCCUCAAAUAAAACUGGCUACCAAAUCUCUCGAUCAGUGGAAUAAUUUUAAUGAAAAUGAGUACGAUUAAGUGGUACCUCAUCCACAAGGCAAGGUUUCGGCGUUGACCACAAUACAGAUCGUAUUAAGACCUUUCCUUUAAAGGCGUCCCCGAUUAGUAGGCUACGGCUGUACGUGUAGCCAGCUGGAAGAUUUGACACGUUAAUAAAGUUGCAUGUUCAGUUCAGUUGAGUUCACAACUAAACAGUCACGCGGUAAAAACAAAAAUAAAACAACAACAACAACAAAUAACACUUUACUGGGACGCAGUAUCAAUGUCGUUGUUUUACAUUGAAAUUUACAGGGUUUCGUUCAAGUAUGACCUGUCUUGGAUUUAGAUGCUUGGAUCGAAGGUAUUAACUAUUUCCGAUCUCCCUAAAAUAAAUACAUGUAUGCUGGUAGAUCUUAGACUGUGGAUAAUCUUUGAGUAUUUUAAUCGUUCUUUUCAUGCAGAAUGUUUUUGCAGUACGUGGAUAAUGGCGUGUUACAUUUGACGAGGAAAUUUAUUUCUCGUCUUGUUGAAGGUACUUUAAUGUUAGUAUUCUCUUCCGGUUUUAUUUUUCGUUCUGUUGAGGUUUGGAAAUCACCUUGUCAUCUUUUUGGGGCCAUACUCAACCAUCAGACAAUCUCAUCACUAGGGAGGUCACAACUUAGUAAGCUGUAACCUCCCUUGUGUGAACAGUACUGAUCAAGUCACUGUAGAUGAAUGUCCUUUUUAUUAGAGGAGGAUUUCCUUGAAAAGAAGUGCUUUUCUUUCGCAGAGUUUGAUGGUGAAAGGGAGGAAGAAGAUUUUGUCUUUCAAAUCAUUUGUCGCCUGAAAUACGUAAGUCAACUCUGUUAAGUGACAAGUAAAGAUACUUAAACAACAUGGGGAAUGUAUUCGAACUUGCGGAGCAAAGAUUUCUGGAAUCGUUUGGGGCAGGGACAAGGGUUAGUGACGAUUUGUUGAUUGUGUUCAAAGGCAACCAUUAGCCAUUCAUUGCUUACACUGUCCAACGAACGAUCUAUGACUGAAAUCAUUGCGCUAAAAGCUUUUCCCAAUUCUCCAGCCAAGGACUCCGCGCCCCAUUUUUUGGACAUAACGAGCUUCUUGUUUUUUGCUUUUUCGUUUGGUUUUUCUCACGUGCAGGAUGCCGCCAAAGAUGCCUUACUGCAUUGGGAACACCCAUUCAAAGCCAGGUGAUUUGAUGAUUGUCCACUUGUGACUUAUCCUUAUAUGAUUGCCCGUUAUAGGAAAAGAAAACAAAGUCAGUACUGUCAUUUAACCGUCAUGACUUCUUUGACAAGCUAACACCUGCGCUUUUCCUAAAAGUAAUAAGCUUUUUUGAUUUUGUUAAAAACGUUUCUUACAGCUGGUCUUUGUUUAGCGAGCCUCGGUAAUCUUGCAUGUAUUAUACAGCUUAACAGACUGAAAUUAAUGUCUAUUUUGAGGUGCGCUUUUUUAGGUUUUUUUAUCAUCAUUGUUUAUAUUCGUGAACAUUUACGGACAUUGUAAUUAGCCGUAGCUUAUUUUUUUUGCUACCUUGAAGUCUAUAUCGAUUUCUUUAUGUUUGUUGUCAGGUAUCUUUCCCAGCGGAUUGUGGAAGACUUGUUGAUGACAGACAGUCCUGGAGGUAUUGCUUUUUUUGUGUGUAUGUUUGUAAUAGUUUGUUUGCUAACAAUAUAGUUCAAUGACCACACAUUAGUGUAAUGACCAAAGACCACAAUCGGAAGGACAGCCUCAAGUACAUAAGGUGUUUGAAUACAAUUGUGCUGCAUUAACUGGUAAAUAAUUAAUGCCAUAAAAUCAAGGUAGGGAAAUAUCUCCAGUUCAGUUAUGAAGUUCUUGUGAGCUGUUCUCUAGCUUAUCAUUUGAAAACGAACACAGACUGACAGUAAUGGAAAAAGUUGGAUUUGACUCCAUUGUCGCUCGUUACCGGAAAACUGUGGUACCUCAGCUGUCCCUGCGUGCCUGAGUCGACUACCAUCAACGCAUGCAUGUUCAGUAAUCAAACAAACUUCAUUUUGUACUGAAUGAUAUUUUAAACAAAAAAAAAGUAAACGACUCAAACACCUUGGAGAAAGUACAACGUAGAGCAUCCCAUAUUGGGCUAGACAGGUCCUUAAAUGGCCAACACUUCAACAAAGAAGAUUAUUUUCGUCGCUUACCGAGUGUUAUAAGACAAUAAACAGACCUAAUGGACUAGAUGCCACGGCAUUUUUUAUGUUUGCACGUGACUUUCGACCCUCAAGAGCUAAUCACAGUUUUAAACUUAAGUUUGCAUCGGCAACUUUGAAUAGUUUUAAACAUUCUUUUUUUAUACGCGUAAUCGAUAAGUGGAAUUAUCUGCCCAAGGAAAUUGCUGAGGCGAAAAAUUUGAACAUUUUUGAGAACAGACUGAGAUGUCAUCUUGCAAAUUUUUCUAGUGAACACUAAGUUCUUCAAACGUGUAAUGUAUUAUAUAUUUUAUAUUUUAUAUUUAAUAUUUUAAACAGUUGUAAAUAAUUAAUGUUCUUAAUUUAUCUUAUUAUCAGGAGAUUAACUAGAGAGGGAUUUGUGAAUAAACAGUUAUUAACUUAUUAUUACAUUUAAUUAUUAAACAAUCACAUGUCUGAUUGAUGGUUUAUCGACAGGUGCGCGUGAGAAUUUGGAUUACUCGUACAGUGGCGCAAGAGACGCCACUUCUAAUGGGAGACCAGCAAGUUUGUCGAGUAAGUCACCCUCAUUUGUAUUUUAUGGAACUGGCAGUAACAGUUCAAUUUAAGUUGGCUCCGUUAUUUAAAGAAAUCGAAUUGAUGGCUCGUCUUAACAUAGAGCAAUCCUUUGUCGAAAUUCCAAACCAAUUUCACAGCUGAAUUUCGAAGGACUUUAUGUUACGGCACUCUGCGUCAAAAAUUUCACUGAAAGUUCUUUGGCAUAAUUUUUUUGAUUACAUCAAUAAAAUCUGAUACCAGAAAUUUCAGUCAAAAAUAUCAACAAAAUUCUUGACUAGACGAGAUUUCUUUGAAAUUAAGCAUUAAUUGCGAAAACAAAUAUUUAAUUACCACCAGUAAAAUCGAAUUAUUUCAUAUGAUAGUCGUAGUUCUCUUUAAAGUUUCGUAGUAAUUGCUUUAAAACCGAAAAAGUUAUGAGUAAAAGUUUGUUAUAGUUCAAUGCGCCUUGAAUAACGGAGCCACCUUAAACAGCAGACAAAUGUUGACGACAGCGUUCAAUGAACGAUUUUACAACAGGACAGUACUGAUUCUUUACACUGUCUUCACAUUCACUUGAGUUGUCUCUAGAGUGAAUGCUACCGGUUCAGAGGCGAGAACCACCCCCCUCAGUCAGCGUAUAUAAUAAAGAGCACCACUGGAGAUCAUUGAUGCUGCAGCACAAGGUUCUAUCCUUAUACUUUUCUCGAUCUUUCAGUUUCUUCAGAUGGUGAUUCCGAUGUAUUUCGUCCACUCGCCACUCUGAUGUCAGCCCUAAAGAAAGGUGGUAAGUGAAUUGCUCACUCGCUUGUUUUCCCAUGAAGGCAGACUGGCCUGUUCAUACCUGUAUACAGCUAUUUCGAGAAAGGUUGUCGAAGAAACAUGUGCACGCGACAAUCCGAAAGGUAAUAUGGGAUAUGAUGAAUACACUGUUCCUGACACUGUAGCUGUCGAACUUAGUUUUGUUGCUUUCCUUUAGCACUUUCAAACAUAAGUCCAUGGCCUCUUGUGCCAUUUUUCAAAAUUUCUUUGAAGAACAGUGAAGUCUAAACCACCCACAAUACCUUUCGGGAUUGUCGCGUGCACUUUUUCCGACAACCUUUCUCGAAACAGCUGUAGAUCUAGAAACAAUCAGACAAAGAAACUUCAAGUAUUACCAAUCCUGGCAAGCUAUUUUAAGCGCUUUAUGUUUGCAUCAAGACCAUGGUUCUCCGGUGUAUACCUCAUCUUUUUUAGGUAUCCUGUGUGAGUGUGCACUUACGCGCAGUAUUUUAUGUUUACCAGUUUAGGUUUCUAAGAUAAGGGGCUGCGAAAUGUUUUAUUGUUUGGGUUCAUUAAAAUUCGACUUUGGGCAUCCGGUUAUGAUCUGUUAUGUUUCUGUUUUUUCAGGCCAUUUCUUUGCUACACUUAGAGUUGUUGUCCUAGCUCUUUUCUACGGGGACUUGUAUUGCAGUUAAUGAGCAAAGUCAGAAAUGACAAAUUUAAACCGGAAAAAUUCCAUGCCGUAAACGUAGGAUUCAUGAGUUUCACUCUAGCUUGUUGAUACUACCGCGUCUCUCUCGUAAUGUGAACCAUUUACUUUUAUACCUACAGCAGCGCAGAUUGACAAGCAAUCCGUUGUCUCAAAUGAAGAUCUCGACUACAUUGAGAUGCGUGCUUUGUUGGAAACACAGAGAGAAACUGUUGGUAGCUUGGGAACAAUUCCAUUCUAAAAACAUUUGUUAGCUGGGGAAUGUAAUUGCAACAAUACAGAACAACAGGAUCACUGGAGCGAGGAUCCAGAUCUAAAGAUGUUACGGUGACUUGCUUAGUCUGAAAUGUUAUACGUCUUCACCAUUUCAGACUACGACUUGCUACGACUUGCUUUGAUUCGAAGGAAUCAGUCCGAGCGGUUCCUUCCAGUGUUCCCCAUUAGGGCCAUUUAUAGGAGAAAAAAUAAGACGCGUCUUACAUAGGACGCGUCUUAAGUAAGACUCGAACUUUUUGUAUAAACGGCACAUUUCGUCUAAAAUAAGACGCGGCUUAGCUAAGACGCGUCUUAUUUUAGAACAGUUCUUAACACCUGUUCUUAGAUAAGACGCGUCUUAGCUAAGCCGAGAAAAACUUUGUAUAAAUGGCCUUCGCGUCUUACAUAAGACGCGAACGCAUAAUACGCAUGCGUAAAUUUUUGGCGCGCCACGUUGUAUUGCCGUUGCUACGGGCAACAUUCACAUGAAAACGAGUCAAGAACAGAAAUAAGACGCGAACCAUUUAUACGAGCUGUUCUUGUCUUAGAUAAGACAUGCUCGUAUAAAUGGUACAGUUCGCGUCUUAUUUAAGGCGCGUCUUAUGUAAGACGCGUCUCAUUUUUCCUCGUAUAAAUGGCCCUACUGUAAUCACUAUUGUCAUGGACAAGGUUAUCUGUAGUUAACAUUUUAAAGCUCUCGGGGUCCACGCGACGAGACCUCAAUUGUCCUUUGAUAAGGUUUGAUUUCGAAAAGUUUUUCUUUCGUUGUGCGACUGAAUUUGCAGCCAGUUACCGAUUUCUUGCGUUAAAACAGGGCUAAAAUGAUAAUGAGCUUUAGAUACAAGAACGAAAACGACUACGCGUACGAGAUUUGACU